AAAGCAAGAGCCCAUUCUCAGUUUUUGGGACAUCAAGAAAGUAAAGUCGGACUUAACUCAACUAAACAACAACAUAUCUUUGUGGAAGAAACCUCCGGGACCAGAGCCUAUUUGUCUUUCUUUUUUUUUUAUUCCACUCAGGUAAGCUUAUUAUGAUUACUUAUGAUCCCUAACUGAACAGGCAAUGUCAGUGUGACAGAAACAGAGUGAGUGAGGAUUAUUUUGCAAGCAGUGUUGUUCAAAUCUUAAAAAAUAUGAGCCUGGCUUUUGCAGUUAUAGUUUAGAACAUGCACAACCUUAUUAACCACAGAGUUUUAUUCAUUUCCUAAAGGCAUAGCUUGGUUACAUAAACUUAAAAAACUCCAAUGCUUUGCAAGCCUACAACCUGUACCAGAAGUUUUUAUGCAGCAUGCACAUCUACGGAGCCACAUUUGUGACAAAAAGCAUGCCAUGGGACAAUUUUCUGCUACUUAAACUUUUUUAGUGCAUGCAGUCAACAUGUGUUGCACAACACUUCUCUUCCUCCCUGCCCUUACUUCUCUAAUGCCCCUCCUAUUUAAUUUCCAGGUUGUGCAGAAGCCAGAGAAAAGAAGGAGUUGUCAUCAUGGCACUAAUGAUUCUGCCAUUCAUUGGAUCUGUGUCCGUAUCUGAGAGUUUGGUGGCCAUGGCAACAGUGUGUCUGGUCUACCUGAUCCUCAAGUUUUUCCGCACUGAGAUUCCUGAAGGGCUCCGUCCGCUGCCAGGACCAAAGCCUCUUCCCAUCAUUGGGAAUGUGCUGGAGGUGGGCAGCAGACCUUACCUGAGCCUCACUGCCAUGAGUAAGCGCUACGGUGAUGUCUUCCAAAUCCAGAUUGGCAUGCGUCCCGUGGUGGUGCUGAGUGGCAGUGAAACAGUUCGACAGGCACUCAUCAAGCAGGGGGAUGAGUUUGCCGGCAGGCCUGACCUCUACAGCUUCCAGUUCAUCAAUGAUGGCAAAAGUCUGGCCUUCAGCACUGACCAGGCUGGUGUCUGGCGCGCACGUAGGAAGCUUGCCUACAGUGCCUUGCGUUCCUUCGCCACCUUGGAGGGCACUACUCCUGAGUACUCCUGCAUGCUGGAGGAGCACGUCUGCAAAGAGGGAGAGUAUCUGAUCACACAGCUGCAAAAGGUCAUGAAGGCCGACGGUAGCUUCGACCCCUUCCGCCACAUUGUUGUCUCUGUUGCUAAUGUGAUCUGCGGGAUGUGCUUCGGCCGACGUUAUGACCACGACCACGAGGAGCUGGUUAGCUUGGUGUAUCUCAGCAAUGAGUUUGGCCAAGUGGUAGGCAGUGGUAACCCAGCAGACUUCAUCCCUAUCCUUCGAUUCCUGCCAAGCAGUACGAUGAAGAAGUUUCUCGACAUAAACGAUCGUUUCAACACAUUUGUGCAGAAGAUUGUCACAGACCACUACUCCACCUUUGACAAGGUACACGCCACACUACACUACUUAAAAAAGCUUACUCAAUCCAUUCCUAAAUGUUUGACUUUGAGAGGCGUAGGCUGAUCUGUCUUUCAUCUUCUUGUAGGACAACAUCCGUGAUAUCACUGACUCCCUCAUUGAUCACUGUGAGGACAGGAAGCUUGACGAGAACUCCAAUAUCCAGAUGUCAGAUGAGAAGGUUGUAGGAAUCGUCAAUGACCUGUUUGGAGCUGGUAUGUUGAACUCUUGGACAUGCUGAUUGGUCUGAUCAGAAGUGGCCUUCCUUUGGAUAAGAUAACGAGCCCAGUUCUUACAGCUGUUGUGUUUCUUUUCAAGGUUUUGACACGAUCUCCACAGCCCUGUCUUGGUCAGUGAUGUACUUGGUAGCUUACCCAGAGAUGCAGGAGAGGCUUUACCAAGAGAUGGGUAAGUACAGCCUCUUUACACACCAUAACUUUUUUGACAUUACAUCUCUCUCUAAAGACUGAUGAAUGUUCAGUGAUAUGUGUCAUUAUUAAAAUGAGAAAUACAUUUGCCUCCCUCACAGUUAAAAAGCUGAUUCGCACAAUCCUUCUUCUUCAUCCUGAACUAAAUGAAUGAUUUCUUUUUUUCAUAUACAGUAGAUAACGUGGGUCUGGAUCGCACCCCUGUUCUCACUGACAAACCCAAACUUCCGCUUUUGGAGGCCUUCAUCCUGGAGACCAUGCGCCAUUCCUCAUUCCUCCCAUUCACUAUUCCUCACUGGUGAGUUUAAUCUCUUUAAAAUGUCACAAAUAAUCACACAUGCACAUUAAUAAGAUUGUAUGUAUGGACUAACAUGUUCAUUGGUUUUUAGCACGUCAAAAGACACGUCUCUGAACGGCUACUUCAUCCCCAAAGACACAUGUGUCUUCAUCAAUCAGUGGCAGAUCAACCAUGACCCGUAAGUUUUGUUGUUUGAUCUCCUCUGAUCUUCUUAUCAAACUCAAAAUUCAUACAUCAGAGCAACCAAACAGAGUUAGUAGAAAGAGCUCUGUCAAAGCAGGAGAUUUAAUACUGCACUUACAACAUCUACCUCCUUGUAAAAUAAGAUUAAAAGUCCAUUCAAGCAUAAAACUGCCUCAUUACUGAUGAGUUUCUGUGCACAGCUUAUCUCAUGUCUUAAUCUUCUGCACUUUUUCAGUGAGCUAUGGAAAGAUCCAUCUACUUUUAACCCAGAACGCUUCCUGAGCCCCGAUGGCACAGAGGUCAACAAGCUGGAGGGAGAGAAAAUGAUGGUUUUUGGCAUGGGAAAACGGCGCUGCAUCGGCGAGGUCAUUGCAAGACACGAACUCUUCCUCUUCUUGGCAAUCCUGGUCCAGAAGCUGAAGUUCCUGCCAAUUCCUGGAGAGCCACUGGACAUGACCCCAGAGUACGGUCUCACAAUGAAGCACAAGCCCUGCCACCUGAGAGCCACAAUGCGAUCAAGAGACGAGCAGUGAAGCUAUUUUGUUAUAGAGUGUAUGACUCAAUUUGAGGUAUAAAUCGACUCCAACACUUAUUGGGUCGCUGUCACGUUUAAAGUCUGAGGCAUCUCUCUCAGAGUGUAAGGCACUGGAUGCCACAUUUACACUGCAGAGCUAAUGGUAUUGAUGCAAAGUGAUUUUGCUUGCUGCAGGCUGGCAGAGAUGUUGCUUGGGCAUAACUCUGUCAUGUUUUUGGUUCUCUCAGAGGUCUUCCAGCACAUAAUUUGUGCUUCUUAAUGAAGUAUAAGAAGGAGUUGUAAAAGGCUCAGUGAAGAAGUUGUCUGCUCAGCACUGGGACAGACUGUGUGUUUUACUGCAUGUGCAUUACUGUUUAGAUUGCUGUGCCCUGAGUUUUCUGUGUUUUUUUUUUUUUUUGUCUUUUUUUUUAACACAGGUCUCUGGAAAGAACAGACAUUAUCUUUUGAUACAAUUUACUUGUAUAAGCUAAUUAAUUUUAUUCCAUUAUAAUGUGGAUGUAAGACACUGAAGCUAUAUUUUUAUCCCAAAAUGUGAUUUUGUUUGUAUAUAAAGCUCUUUUUGCAUUUAAAAGUAAAUUUUGGUUUCCUAGUGUUUGUAUAUAUUUGAGGUGAAAACGUUUUGCUGUGCAUCUAGGUGAAAUAUAAGGAACCAGCGAGAAUUUCAGUGAUUUAUGAAAUAUAUUAGAAGGUUACAAAUAUUGUAUUUCUUUCUGUAAUGUGUUGAUGAUUGCAUGAAAAGAAAGGGCAUAUGAUCUGAGUUUUUACAAUCAACUACACAGAUUUAAAUAAAAAAGUUACAAAGAUA